AUUCAAGCCCACCUUUCUUAAACCCUUCUACUCUCGCUCUGCGGUUUUCUCUGUGAAUGUGAGUAAUGGCUAUUGUCGACAAGAAGUCGCUUGAAGAAGAAGCCUGUAUUCUUCGUUUCUGCAAAAUAGUUCUGGGUUGGGACUAUGUCCAACUCCUCAAAGAAUCCAAGAAAAACAGCAGAAACAUUGGUGAUGGAAGUGCUCUGGGCCUGAGGAAGGUGAAGGAUACAUACACUGACAUAGAUGAUUAUCUCGCAACUUUCGAGCCUCUUCUUUUUGAAGAAGUAAAAGCCCAGAUCGUGCAGGGCAGGGAUGAAGAAGAGGUGUCAGAGUGGAAGUUUGCGAUAGUCCGAGAAUGCAGUGAGACUGAUGGGUUUAGCAUACCGGUGGUUGGUUAUAAGGCAGAGGAGGGUGAAUCAAUUUCACAAAAUGAUCUAUUACUGCUCUCAAAAACAAAGUUUCAAGAGGGUACAAGACUGCCAACUACAUAUGCUUUUGCAUUAGCAGAGCAUCGUCAGGGAGAUUUACUUAGAGUAAGAAUGUGGUUAGAUGGAGAGGUCAAGGGAAUAAAUACAGAUGAAGUUGUAUCUUGUCCAAGGUUGUUGAGCAUGCACUCUCUUAUUGGUAAUCUUAUUAAUGAUCCAAAUAGAGGUUUGUAUAUUCUGAAGAUUUGCAGUUUAUCAACUAUUGUUCGUGAAUAUAUUGGUUUACAAUCCAUUGGGUCUCUCCCCUUCAAGGACUUGAUAUUAACAGCGACUGACAGCAGUCCUAGUCCUGGUGAACAGUCCUGGAAAAUUCCUAGACCAUUGAUGGAGUUCAUUGAGACAAAUCACAAUGAAUCUCAACUAGCAGCAAUACAUGCAAGUCUUUCACGUAAGGCCUUUGUCCUGAUACAGGGUCCCCCAGGAACAGGAAAAACACAGACUAUUCUUGGGCUUCUUAGUGCCAUUUUGCAUGCAACUCCAGCAAGAGUGCACUCCAGGGGUGGAUUGCGUGAAAUAAAACGUGGGCCAUAUUUACCUCUCCAGGAAAAAUAUGUUAUGUGGGGACAAGCAUCUCCAUGGCUAACUGGUAUCAAUCCUAGAGAUGAAAUUGUGCCCAAGGAUGGUGAUGAUGGUGUUUUCCCUACCACUGGAAAUGAAUUGAAACCAGAAAUAGUUACUUCCAGUCGUAAAUAUCGUGUACGGGUACUGGUAUGUGCUCCAUCAAAUUCUGCGCUUGAUGAGAUUGUGUUGCGCCUUCUAAAUACUGGUGUUCGUGAUGAAAAUGACCAUGCGUAUAAUCCUAAAAUCGUGCGGAUUGGUCUUAAACCACACCAUUCUGUUCGGGCAGUCUCCAUGGAUUACCUUGUGGAACAAAAACUUUCCAGCAUGAACUCUACUUCUGAUAAACAGAAACAUGGAGCUGCUGGAAGAGAUAGGGACAGCGUUCGUUCAUCAAUUCUGAGUGAAGCGGCAAUUGUCUUCUCCACCCUUAGCUUCAGUGGUUCAAGUCUUUUCAGUAAAUUGAAUAGUGGGUUUGAUGUUGUCAUAAUAGAUGAAGCUGCUCAAGCUGUGGAACCAGCAACUCUCGUUCCGCUGGCAAAUGGAUGCAAACAAGUAUUUCUGGUUGGCGAUCCAGUUCAAUUGCCAGCCACUGUAAUUUCUCCUAUUGCUGAGAAAUUUGGUUAUGGCAUGAGCUUGUUCAAGAGAUUCCAGAGGGCCGGCUAUCCAGUACAAAUGCUGAAAACACAAUACCGCAUGCAUCCAGAGAUAAGAAGCUUUCCUUCAAAGGAAUUCUAUGAUGAGGCACUUGAAGAUGGGCCAGAUGUUAAAGAUCAGACAGUGAGGUUAUGGCAUGACUAUCGCUGCUUUGGGCCAUUUUGCUUUUUUGAUAUACACGAGGGGAAAGAGUCCCAGCCCUCAGGUAGUGGCUCUUGGGUAAAUGUUGAUGAGGUUGAGUUUGUCCUCCUCAUGUAUCAUAAAUUGGUGACUAGAUAUCCAGAGCUGAAGUCAAGUUCUAGACUUGCAAUUAUAUCCCCGUAUAGACACCAAGUCAAGCUCUUCCGCGAGCGUUUUCAGGACACAUUUGGGGUGGAGUCAGAUAAAGUAGUGGACAUUAAUACUGUUGAUGGUUUCCAGGGACGUGAGAAAGAUGUUGCAAUCUUUUCAUGUGUUAGGGCCAGCAAAGAUAAAGGCAUUGGGUUUGUGGCUGAUUUUCGCCGAAUGAAUGUCGGGAUUACAAGAGCAAGGGCUUCUGUCCUGGUUGUGGGGUCUGCAUCAACAUUGAAAAAAGAUGAGCAUUGGAAUAACCUAUUGGAAAGUGCGGAGAAGCGAAAUUGUCUUUUGAAGGUCUCCAAGCCCUAUACAGCAUUUUUCAGUGAUGAGAACUUGAAGUCUAUGGUGGCAAAGGACCAAUCAAUGCCAGAGGAUGCAGAGGGUGGUAUGGCUGUGGAUAAUAAUGCACCCAUCUAUAGCAAUCUGGGCGAUGCUGAGCAAGGACAAGCAGCAGAUGAAAAUGAGUAUGGGGAUGGAGAUGGAGAUGGAGAUGAUGAUGGAGGGUAUGGUGAAGAUUAGCUCCAACACUUGACCAGGGCAAUCAUUCUCCUAUGGGUGUCACAUGAAGGAUCCACUCCACAAAGCUAGGUGCUGGUUAGUACCCAGUCCAAAAUUUUUGGAUAUUUUAAUUUAAAUGAUUAUUUUCAUUAAUAUAUAAUUAUCAUUAUUUUGAGAGGAAGCCAAGGAAGAUCAUAAACAGCUACAUCUAUGGAAAAUUUUGUAAAAUUGCUGUAACAGCUUGUAAAUUUCUCACCUGAUGUCAAAACUCUUUACUGAAAUGGUGUAAUGAAAAGUAGUUUCUGGGAAAAGAUUGGGAGCU